CAUUCUUUGUUUGUGCGUAACAUUUUCGUAAUCACAAAAACUGAUUAGAGUUUGUGUCUAAUUAUUUCGAGAUUGAGAAUCAUCGAAAGCUCAUUAGAUAUGAUUAAUCGUAUCCGACCCCGUCUCGUAACUUUCGACGUGACUGGUACAUUGCUGAUGACCAAGUUCGAAGAAAACUACAUCAAGGUCGGCUCGCAGCACGGUUUAUUUAUCGAGCCAAGAAAAUUGGCGCGAAGUUUCAAAAACAAUUACGCUCAGCUUAGUAAAGAGCACCCGAUAUACGGCAAGCACACAGGGUUAGGAUGGAAGAACUGGUGGAAAAUGAUCGUAUAUAAUGUGUUUAAAGAACAGCAUGCUUCCGUGUCGACAGACACGUUGGAUAAGGUUGCUGAAAGUCUCAUAAACUGCUAUAGUACUAGUAAAUGCUGGUAUAAAUAUCCUGGUACUAUUGAUCUACUUGACUCCUUGCAGAAGAAGAAUAUCGUUUUGGGAGUAAUCUCGAAUUUUGAUCAACGAUUGGAAUCAAUUCUUGAAGACAUUCAAAUUCGUCAGUACUUUGCCUUUGUUUUGACCUCAUACGAUUUUGGAAAGGAGAAACCAAGCUUGUCAAUAUUCGAGGAAGCACUGAGAUUAAUGCAAUAUCAUCAUAAGGAGAAAAUAUUACCCAAAGAAGCAAUGCACAUCGGCGACAGAAUAGACAAUGAUUAUUUUGGAGCAAAAAGUGCCGGAUGGAAUGCUUUAUUAAUAAAACAUGACAAUAAGCUCGAUGAAAACGAAGUGCCAAGGGAAGACAUUUUUAAAAAUUUGAAAGAGCUUCAAAGACACUUUGAUAGCGUACUUAGAACAAAUUGUAUAAUGCAGUAAUAAUUAAUUAUUUAAUAAUUAUUUUAGGUUUAUUUAUACAGGGUGGCGUAAAGUGUUACAAACUAAUAACUCUGAAAAUAUUUAUCCUAUCAAAAAGUUGUUCAUGAGAAAGUUUUAUAUAUUUUAGGGGCCUUUCUAACUAUGUAAACAAAAAUCCACCUUUAUCCUCCCUUGAAGAGGGGCGGGGGAUAACUUAAAAGUUUCAAAUGGUACUCCCUAUAAAAUGUUACAUAUUUGGAUUCUA